AAAAAUUGCAUUUCUUGGCAUCGGUUAAGAAGAACAAAAACUCUAACUGAAAAACAUGUUGCGUCUCUUGAUACUCUCUCUAGCUCUCAUUCCUAUCAUCAACUCAUCGAACAUCCCGAGAACAACAGCAACUCCACCAGCCCUAAACCUAAACGACAAAACGUUUGUUAAAAUGGCAUGCACGUUAACAAAAUACCCUACAGUGUGCUACAUCGCAUUGUCCCCAUACUCUUCAACCAUCAAAUCUGACCCCAUCAAACUCUGCUUAACAUCGCUCAGCGUCAACUUCAAAUCCGCCAAAAGUGCCUCGUCCAUCGUCUCUAGCCUUUUCAAAAAGUUCGCCUCCAGGCCUGAGGUUCCGAUCAUCCUCAAGGACUGCCUGAAGAAGAUGGAGGAUACUGCCGACGAGUUCAAGCACGUGGUCGCAGAGAUCAUGAACAGCGCAAGAAUCUCAAAGGGGAAGAAUAAUAAGAAGUUAGAAGCGUGGGCGAUCUCGGCGUUCAUAGACGUGACCAUGUGUAUGGGUAAGUUCAAGGAAAUGAAAGUGAAUGCGGAGAUUUUGAAGGUGGUGAUGGCUGUAUCCGAGCUUUCAAUGACUACAAGCAAUACUUUGGCCCUUUGUAAGCUUUGACCCUUUGUAAAACACAACCCGCUCAUUCUAGUAAUGCAAUUCAUAUUCUUAGCAAAAAAAUAAAAUAAUACUUUGGCCAGUUACCUACGUUCCUGAAUUAACCAUUAUUCAGUUCAUGAUUUCUU